CGUCAAAACAUUGCCUGUCAUAGGAAGUAUUAGGAGCUAGCUAUCUUUCAAACGACCUUUUUCGCUUAAAAAAAAAAAAAAAAAGUCUGAAAUGAACCGUCAAAAGGGAGGCUUAGUUUCGGCUGAUUUUUGACCCAGCGCCUUAAGGGUAGGGUGUUUUUCGUGGUGCUGUGGAGCGCAUAUAAACGAGCGGAGCACUUUUAUAUCGUCUUGUAGGUUUUGCUCUCAAGUAUGCCGAAGAAAGAUCCGUGCCAGAAACAAGCAUGUGACAUUCAGAAGUGUUUACAAGCUAACAGAUACGUGCAGAGCAUGUGUGAGGAUGUGAUCAGAGAGAUGCGUCGAUGCUGUGAGACUCAGACUCCUGGGAUCUCCAUCACCUGCUCCGGCUUCUCCAAAGAUUUGAAACUCAAUGAGUCCAGAACCACGUAGCACCAUGUGAGACGAAGCUGGUGCGGAUUUUUAUCACUGAAUCAGUGCAGAAAAGUUCUGUAUAACAUUGUAUGUUUGUUGUCACAAUGCAAAAGCUGGUGGACUGAGACAUGAUUUGGUUGCAUGUGCUGUGCAGGAGCCACAUAAAAUAAAUGCUUCCCAGAGGUGUGCUAUAGUGCACCUUGGGUACUAUAUAUAGUAUAAGCAAUGACUUCAACACUUGACAUUUAAUAAACACUGUAUGUUACUGCAUUUCAUUAUGUGUUUGAAAUUAUUUUAUUUACACAAAACUUGGAAAACAGUUGGAUGCUGCAAGGUGCUGAAUUUCAGUACAGUGUUAAUAAUUAACUACAGGAGUGGAAUAAUUAAGACAGUGUAGGCUGUGCAUGUUUGUUCAUACCUUAAUCAUGUUGUAACUUAGGAGUACAACAGUCACCGUUAGGUAGGAAUCGCUGUUUCAAGGCCAAAGUACGGUUCAAGGAAGGUAUGUUCCUGUCAGGUUUCCCCGUAAGAAAACACGCAGCAUUGAAAGAUGG